UUAACCCAAACAAAAUCUGCAUCUGAAUCUAAAUUAAAUUAACCAUGGUCCAUGAUCGCCAUUUUCAUUUGCAGCAACAAUAUUCACCUUAGCUAACGUAGCGUAGUCUUAAGUUAACAACAGAUGCAGAAGUGAUCAUUGAUGGCAAGUUCUGAUCCCCAAAAUUUGAUAAGCAAGGCUGAUAACUUAACAACGCUUAGUUUCACAAGGUGGAAUGCAGAUUGGAGAAAUGCUACUGUCCUCUACGAGCAAGCCGCAAGUGGAUUUAAAAUUGCCAAAGACUACGAGAGAGCAAAAUCGGCAUAUGAGAAAGCUUCACAGGGACAAGAGAUGCUUUCUUCACCUUGGGAAGCAGCUAAGAACAUAGAAUCUGCCGCGGCGAUGUCAAAGGAACUGAGAAACUGGAGUGAAGUCAGAGAUUUGUAUCGAAGAGCGUCUGAAUUGUACAUUGAAUGUGGGAGAUCUCAACCUGCAUCAGAUGCUCUUGCGAAGGGUGCCCGUGCUUUGGAAGAUUCCCUGCCUGAAGAAGCUAUUAAGCUAUACACUGAUGCUUGUACAAUACUUGAAGAGGAUGGAGGAGAUCAAAUGGCCUUUGAUCUGUAUCGUGCUUCUGCUAGUGUUUAUAUAAAACAUGACAAGUAUACAGAUGCUGCAUCUUUCCUGCUCAGAUUAGGCGUAGCAGCUGACAAGUGUAAUGCUCCUAAUAGCCAGACCAAGGCAUACCUUAGUGCAAUUAUUGUCUACCUUUAUGGUCAAGACUUUAAGCAAGCAGAGAAGUGUUACAAUGAUUGCUCGCAGAUUGAUGGUUUUCUUAGAAGUGACCACGGUCGUUGCGCCAGCAAGCUUCUCGGUGCAUUCAAGGACGGAGAUAUUGAAGAGAUCAAACGUAUCACUCAAUCCAGCAUUAUUUCAAAUCUUGAUCAUGUGAUAAUUAGGCUUGCAAGAAAAUUGCCUACGGGAGAUGUGAAUGCAUUGAAGGCUGACACUACCAAAGAGGAAGAGGAACCACUAGACGAGAAUGAUCUUACUUGAUCUUCAAUAUUCUUAAGCUUCUUUAAUACCUUGUCCCACAACCCUCUUUUUCUUUCUACUUAUCUCUCUAUUUAUAGGAAAGCAAAGAUUGGAAACCCCA